UUUGUUUAUCUUUUGCUGCAGCUUCAUUGUUUAUUUACCAACUGAUGAAAAUAUAUACAUUUAUGUAUUAUAUACAACCAAGAAGAUGAAAACCUCUGGCGCCGGCAACCCUGACGAGCUGAACAAGUCAUCGCACAGCAAGGUCAGCAAGAAGUCUACCAAGUCGCGAUCCAAGUCGGCGAAAUUGGAGUUGACUGGGAAGAAUUCCCUAUCGGCAUCCGCAUCAUCUUCCUCCGUAUCCGCAGUGAGCGGGGGCGUUGCAGUGGGCAGCCUGCCGGCCACGCCCACCCACCUAAACAUGGUGACAACGCCCACCACGCCAACAUCCAGUCUGGGUAACUACAAUCUGUUUGACGCCUCAUUUGCGGUUGCAGGAAGCGGUGGGCACGGACUCGCAGGCGGCAUCGCGGGCGCAGAAGCCUCCGGCAAUUCAAGUCGAAUGGGUCACCAGAAGAGCUAUGCUGGCUUUGAUCCGCGCAGCAUUAAGAUCUUUUGGGAGCAGCACGACCAGACCGAUGUCGAACUGUCCCAGGAUGUUUGCGCCCGUUUGGCGGAAGAUGCCUCCUACAAAGUCUGGGAGCUAAUCAAUAAUGUCAAAAUAUACUCUCGCCACUCGGGCGGAGUGGUAACCUACGAUCUGGUGAACGAAGUGCUUAAAGACGCCGAUGUACCGCCCAUGCUGGGUGCGAUGGACAGCGACUGGGAUCGGAUCGAUUAUGACGGCAGUUUUUACUUUCACUCGGAUAAGAUCUUCGAACUGAGCGCGGAGUUUCAGAAGGAAAUUAAUCUGUGCACACCCGAUGAUGUAGACUUUCAGAGCAUCUGCCCCGUGGAGGAUAAGCACACGGAUCAGCUAAGGCAGUGCGUCCAGAGUCUGGUUACGGCAGCCCUUUUUGCGGACAGCAAAUCGCAGACAGCCGCUGUCUGCCAUGCUUUUCAGACGCCCCUGAUGGGAUCUAUCUACCGAGUGAUAGUGAGUAAGAUGGUCCAGUUGCUGGCCUUUAAGCAGCAGGACCAUUUGAGCCAAAGGUGUUGGCGACUACUCCGUGCAUGCAACUACAACGCCACUGCUAAUCACAAUGCCUGCCGGCCGGAGUACUUCAACCUGGCGGAGGUACUUGUCAGUCAGCUAAUGGCGCCCUACGAAACCAUCAAGGCUCCACCCGUCGACUCAGAUCCAGGACAAACCACCUCCAUCAAAAUGGAGUUUGAAGAAGAUCUGAAGGUUGAGCCAGAGCAGUGCCCUAAUCCGGAAACUCAGGAAAAUCCGGAUGUCAUGGAAGUCGAUAAACAGGAGCAGGACCCGCAGAUGUUUCCGGGUGAAAGCACAAUGGAACACACAAUCUACAAGCUGCAAUCGGAGGAGGAAGAGGUGAAUCCCCAGCCGGAGACAGAACACCUGUCCAGCUACUUUGCCAGUCCAGUCGGCAAUGGCCUGGUAGACGAGCUGUGCGAAACUAUAGGACAGCUGGCAUCUCAAAGUGGUUACCUACAAGCAGAGUGCCUGUUCUUGAUCAAAAGACGCCUAGCGAGAUUCUUCGAGGGCCGGCAUGUUUGCAGUGAGAGAGACUUUAGGUAUAUCAGUAGAGCAGUCCGUGGGCUUAUUGCCCUGGGAGAAUAUGCCUUUCGUGAGUUUAUUCCCUACAUCUACAAACUUCGCGUCGAGGAAAUCCCGGAUAGCUUAUGGCCAGAUCUGGCUCCGGCUGCCAUCUUCCUCGGCGGCCGUGAUGACGUAUACCUGUAUGAAUGGCUGGAGCACGGAUGCGGUGCUGCUCUGCAGCCCUUCAUGGUCCACUAUGCGCAAGCCUAUGAAAAGAUGGUAACUAGGCGGUAUGUGAAGGCCAAACAACCCGCUUACAGGAUUGAAUCAGUGCCGGGAGUGCGUCGGCUGGAGUGGAGUACUCUUGCGGCAGCCAUGUGCCACGGGGACGAUCCUAGCAAGGCACUCAAGCCGAAGCCUACUCUCUGCGAGGCUUUCCCUGACCUCCAGUCACCGAAUCUUCAGCUCAACUGCGCGGGCAACAUCCGCUUUAAGUUCGCAGGCUGCCGCCCGGUGCUGCUGAAGCCGAAGGUUUCGACUGCUCCCCACUCGGCAGACUCGCCUUCGUCGACAGCAAACGGUGGUGCGGGUGGCGGGGCCAGCUCCGAUAUUCUGAUCGCCAAACGAAAACUCUUCAAGCCGCUGACGAACGUGAGAAAGUGGUCGCCCAUCAGUGGCUAUCACUACCUGAGGAUCUGAAAGCGGCUUAGAAAAGUAUUACGAGACCUUCUGGAGGUCCAGGAGGAGACCUGCGGAUCUCAAUAAAACUCUUUGUUUACUCUAGUCUCCCUCUCCGUUCUUUCGAAAGGCAAUUCGUUCAAGUUGGUCUU